AGCAAAGAGAAGAUGAAGCAGAGAAAGAACCCAGCCCCAGGAAGAUUUUAUUGAGGAGGAGCAACCUGAACAAGAAUCAGCUAGUGGGUCGGAGUCUGCUAUGAGGACUUCUUUGCGGAUUAUUACUCUGAGGAAGAGGGAUCCUCAACGAAGUCAGAAGAUUUAGACAAUGAAUCUUCUGGAGACGAGGGCUUUGGAGAGAAUGAUGACAAGGAAUCCCAUCAAGGAGUUCUGAGUUAAAAUUGGACAGUGAUCACCAUCGAGACAGGAGUGGGAGUUCUGAAUCCCAUCAGGGAGUUGAAGAGCGUGGUUCCUUUGAAGAUGAGGUUGGUGUUGCUACUGUUCUGUUUUAGAAGGCACAAGAUCUAUGAUGAGGAUAAUGACGAGGAGAUAGAGCUAAUGAAAGAAGAGACCAGACUUGUUGGUAGGAUGCUCGAAGGACAGGCACCACAUGCUGAUUUUGAACCUUAUGAGGUCUGUAGUUCCAUUCAUUCUCCAUUUUAGUCAGGUACUAAUAGUAUUUGACCUUAAAUUAUGUGUUCUGUAGAUCAAAAUUGUAUUCCUAUUUCUUCAGCCUUAUGUUGAUUGGUUUAAAUGGGAUGAUGCGAAGCAUCCCUUGUCCAAUGCACUAGAACCAAAAGGGAGGUUCAUUCCUUCAAAAUGGGAGAAUAAAAUGAUAAAUCCCUU